AUGAAGGGUUCGACUUGGUUUUCUAUUAUCUUCAUUGCUUUCUUACUUUUCCCAACACCCAUUUCCUCACAACGCAUUUCUCACCAGAACUCACAAGAGGCGGCGAUGGGGAGAAAAGGGGUGGAGACAGUUGAAGUAGCAGGGUCGAGCUUGCCGGACUGCUCGCAUGCGUGUGCCUCGUGCUCGCCGUGCAGACUAGUGAUGAUAAGUUUUGUUUGUGCUUCACUUCAGGAAGCUGAAACAUGUCCAAUGGCUUAUAGAUGCAUGUGCAAUAACAAGUCCUAUCCUCUUCCUUAA